CCGCUCGACGAGAAGGCGGAGAACCACGUCACGGGCGAGGACGGCCGGCUGACGGUGCUCAAGGUGACCAAGCAGGACGAGGGCCGCUACCGGUGCCGCGUCUGGAGCUCGCUCGGCGUGCAGAAGGCCGUGGCCCAGGUGGCCGUCAGAGUGCCGGUGCAGGUGCUGCAGACCCGUACUGUGACCGAGGCCGUGCCCAGCGGCGCACUGGUGACCCUGGGCUGUGACCUGGGCGGCGACCCCCUACCGGAGGUCACCUGGCUCUACAGGGGCGAACCGCUGCGGAAGUCCAGUUGGCAGGCUGAGGUGGUGUCGCAGCCGACUUACCCGCCGUUUGCGCGGUUCGUGCGGUCGGAGCUGUUUGUGCGGCCGGCCGCCUCCAGCGAGUACAUCUGCCAGGGCGCCAACCAGGUGGUGGGGCGUCCACGCGCGGCCGCCGCCGUCGUGGCCGUUAGCGUGCGCGGCGUCCCACGCACAGGGUACGACGGCUCUUCGCCGCUGGGCUACUGCGCGCCCUACGUGGGCGAGGUGUGUCGGCACCACCUGAGCGCGGCGCCGUUCGUCUGGUACAACACCACCUACCAGGGUGGCGACACGUUCGACCAUGAGCGCGCCGUCCGCCAGCAGCUCCUCCACCACGCCGACGACCUCAGCGACGUGUGUCGGCCUGCUCUGGAGACGCUGCUCUGCAGUGUAGCAUUCCCGCAGUGCAGCCAGUCCAACGGCACACAGGCGGCACUGCCGCCCUGCCGGGAGGACUGCCUGGCUGUGCGCGAGCUCUUCUGCGCCAAGGAGUGGCUGCUCGUCAAAGACUCCAGGGUGCCCAGCCACCUGGCGCUGCCGACCUGCGAGCAGCUGCCGGAGCAUGGGGACGGCGCGCGCCACCGCUGCUCGUACGCCGGCCUGACCGUCAUGCUCACCUCGCUCGUCACCUACGACUGCGUGCGGGGCCGCGGCCGCUACUACCAGGGCCGGGUCAACUCGACGGCCGAGGGCAUCCUGUGCCAGCGCUGGGACGCGCAGCACCCGCACGAGCACAGCACCCCGGUGGGCCUGUUCCCGGAGCUGGCCGGCGCCGAGAACUACUGCCGCAACGCCGGCGGCCAGGAGCCGCAGCCCUGGUGCUACACCACCGACCCGGCCGUCCGCUGGCAGCACUGCGGCGUCGAGCGAUGCGCGGACAACAGUACGCUAUACGCCGAUGACCCGGCCGCCGCCUGGGAGCGCGACUCGGCCGUGUCGGCGGCGGCGCCGGCGGGGGACGCCGCCGACGGCUUCCCUCUGCCGAUGGACCCGGUCUUCCUGCUGGUGCUGGCCGUGGCCAGCGUCACGGCCGUCAUCAUGGCGGCCAUGGCCGUGUACGGCUGCUGCCGCUGUCGGCGGGCGCGUCGCCGCGCCGCCCAGCGCAAGGAGGCGGAGGCGAUCGACCUGACCAAGCUGCCGUCCAACACCAGCUACCACCAGCACGCGCCGCUGCUGCCGGCUAGCCUUGAGCCGCUCGAGUACGCGCGCAACGACAUCAUCUACGUGCGCGACCUGGGCCAGGGCGCGUUCGGUCGCGUUUUUCAGGCGAAGGCGCCGGACCUGGUAGAGGGCGAGGACUUCACCAUGGUGGCCGUCAAGAUGCUGAAAGAGGACGCGUCGGAGGACAUGGAGCGCGACUUGGAGCGCGAGGCGCGCCUGCUGGCCGGCUUCGACCACCCAAACAUCGUGCGGCUGCUGGCGGUGUGCGCCGUCGGCCGACCGCUCUGCCUGCUGUUCGAGUUCAUGAACCAGGGCGACCUGAACGAGUACCUGCGCCAGGCGUCGCCCAAGAACGUCAUCAUCAAGCACGAGACGGGCGAGAUCUUCAGCGACUCGACGCUGAGCCACCUGGACAUGACCAUGAUCGCCCAGCAGAUCGCCAGCGGCAUGCAGUACCUGGCCGAGCGGCAGUUCGUGCACCGCGACCUGGCCUGCCGCAACUGCCUCAUCAACGAGCAGAUGGUGGUCAAGAUCGCCGACUUCGGGCUCUCGCAGAAGAUCUGCUCAAACUACUUCCGAGGCGACGAGCACGACGCAAUCCCCGUGCGCUGGAUGCCGCUGGAGAGCAUCCUCUACAACAAGUACACCCUGCAGUCGGACGUGUGGGCGUUCGGCGUCGUGCUCUGGGAGAUCUUCUCGUUCGCGCUUCAGCCCUACUUCGGCAUGUCGCACGAGGAGGUGGUGCGCCACCUGAAGGAGGGCAACCGGCUGAAGCGACCCGAGAACACGCCGCGCACCAUCCACCAGCUGAUGCAGCACUGCUGGGCGACGGAGGCGGAAAAGCGGCCGUCGUUCGCCGCCAUCGUGGAGCGGCUGCUCGAGUUCCAGGACCGGCUGGACCAGCAGAUGGGCGUGUACGGCUACACGACGGCCGCCAACAGCGCCUACACCAGCCGCGCCCCGAGCAUCGGCAGCCCGUCCACCUCCAGCCGACGGUGAGGUCGCCCCGCGCGGGUGGAUAGUCUGGGUCCGAUCCGCUCUGGGUUGGGGCGGGGACCGGCGGCGGCGCCGGCUCGGCCAGGCCGCGUCUCAAGCUCUAUGGUCGCGCGCGGCUGCUCCCUCAGCCGGCGCGCGGCCCCUCAGAGCCGUCUUAUUUCGACCGUGCCGUCGAGCGGUCUUCUCAUCGGCGGUGGGUGUCCCGCGCUGCUACUC